CACACCCCUCCUCACCUUUUCAUCUCCAUGAACUUCUUCACAUCCACCUUGGCCGUCAUCAACCUGGCGUUGCUCGUCUCGGCCGCGCCGAACAAGAGUGAAGAGGCCUUAACCAAGCGGGUCGACAACCGCCAGCUCGUCAGCUUCCAGGGUGGCGACGGCGCCGCUUUCUGCAAGGCGUGGAAGUGCGCUUGCGUCAACUACGAGCCAACCAACACCGCCCUUUACUUCCAAGCCACAUACUGCCAGCCAGGCGACUUCUCGGGCAAGAACACCAAUACUGAGGCUCGCGUCUACUGCACCUUUACUGACGGUACGACUCAGACCCAGGUCGUCAAGCAUAUCGCUGCUGAGACCGGUGCUACCCUCGUCAACUGAAAUUAAAUCACCUACUAUAACAGCUGUUUCUCUCGCUGGCAGCGGCUCUGUAGAGCCUAUUCGGCGUAGAUGGACUUUUUCGCCAUUCUUCAAGUCUUGGAUAUUUCUGUAGCCACCACACAUCAAUUGUUUUGCAGAAUGACAUUGUAUUGAACUGCAAAAGUAUCUCGCGUCCCUGCCUUCGUGCAUCCCU